AGAUAAAUUGGAGCGCCCCCGAGUCCAGACCACGAAAGCCAGUGCCAGUGAUCAGUAAUCAGAGAUCAGUGCCAAAGCAAAGCUUCGCGCAACCAGACGCCACCAUGAAGAACCUAGUUCCGGGCAGAGUCCACCUCCUGGCUCUUCUGGCCAUCCUGUGCGCCACCUCCGGCUGCCACUCGCUGCCGAUGACGAACGAAGACCUGGACCUGGUCGCCCUGGCAUCCGUGGAAGAGCUGGGCCAUCACCCACGCAAGGAGCAGACCCCGUCUCCCCCGGAGUCCCAGUUCGUGGGACGGAUCCCGCCGAAGAAGGAGACCGAUGGAGAGGUGCAGCCGGAUCAGUUCGAAACCUUUGUGAAGGAGCUGGAGGCGGCCGGAGUGAAGACGGCCGAACGACGCGAUCUACGCACUCUCACCUACAAGGAGCUGACCCGUCUCCUGGCCCUCUGGCACCUCUCCCAGGGCCGCAACUACUACGAGGCCGCCGAGGAGGAGAAGAGGAAGGAGAGGGAGAAGGAGCCGGCUCCCGUCUACCACCACUAGAGACCACCAUCAGCGCCUAUUUGUUGAUUUUAAGAGCUAUUGUUUAUUGAGUUCGAAUGUUAGGGUCAAAGUUCAGCGAAUAAAAUGUGACACGAAAAGGGAA